UCACCCAAAACAGCCUCGUCGGCCCCGAACCCGUUGAUCCCGUCGACCAUCUCGCCAAAGUGCGAGGCGUUCCUCACCUACCUCAACUCGCACCAGGACAUCAGCACCUGCACCGCCCCGCUCCUCUCGGCCCUGUCGACCUUCCAGGCCUCGGCCGCGUCCAACGACUACGCCGCCAACGACGCCGCCGUCCAGGACGCCCUCGCCGGCCUGUGCUACUCGGCGCCGUGCGACGACUCGCUCGUGCGGUCCCUGUUGACCCAGUUCAACUCGAACUGCACGGCCGAGCUCACGGCCAGCAACGACGUCGUCCUCGGGUCGUACGACGCCCUGUACGUCUUGACGCCCCUCCGCGACGCCGUGUGCAGCACCGACUCGACCGCCGACUGGUGCAUCAACGACAUCGCGAAGGGCUCGAUGCCCGCCGGCUCGACCGGCGCCAACGCGACUCACGUCGUGUCGAGCUCGUUCGACGUCCCGUCGAUCCUGCCCAACGCGGCGACGUGGUCGUCGGCGUCGCUCCCGUUCCUCUUCCUGUCGCCGUCCAUGUCGUCGACCGUCCUGUGCUCUCAGUGCACCAAGUCGAUCCUGUCGGCCUAUGUCGCGUGGGAGUCGCGCAUGCCGUACGCCCUCGGCCUCGCCAACUCGCCGCUGCUCAAGGGCCAGGGCAGCCUGUGGACGGCGACGGGCGAGAAGUGCGGCGGCGGCUUCCUCGAGAGCGUCACCAAGCAGGCCGGC